GGAGUUAUUCGCGACACCAUGGCGGCGUCCACACGAGCCCAGGUGAUGUCCCUGUACAGGUUGAUGCUGGCGGAGAGCAGGAAGUUCCCCUCCUACAACUACAGGACCUAUGCACUGCGGCGGGUGCGUGAUGCCUUCAGGGCCAACAGGAAUGUGGAGGAUCCAAAAACGGUGGAGAGACUGGUGUUGGAGGGACGACAGACACUGGCACUGAUACAGAGACAGGUCGCCAUCGGGAAGAUGUUCGAGACGCAGAAGAUCGUGGUGGAGGAGAAAGCCCUCUGAUUGGCCGAAGAGGAGGAGGGGGAGGAGCUUAAAGGCACUGUCACCCAGCAACCAACAGGAAGUGACAUCAGAGACUGGAGCGACUCACUGCCCUGACAUCAUCACCGCCAACGACCAGCUGCUCCCUCCGAGACCCACAGCGCCGUUCGGUGGUGUGAAAUGCAUUCUGGGAGAUGUAGUGAAGCUGUGAAGUCUGUUUGGAGUUUUGUUGUUUUUUGUUUUUUUCUUCGUGGAUGCACCGAUCUGUCCCCGUCUCAUUUAGCAACAACGUGAUCUUUUUACGGCUUCAAAAAUGUUUGUUUUUUUUGGGUCGUUUUUGUUUUCUACCACGUUUUGUAGCUUUUCCAGUUCACAUUUUGGCACCAAAUUCUACUUUUGAAACCUUUUCCCCACGUGACCUGACGUAGGUUUCUGUAUGACGUCGUUUUUAGGCGUCAUACAGAUACAGAAAGUCACAAAAUAACACAAACAAACUGUAAGAUCGAGGCAGCGUUGGACCUACAACUCCUGAGUUCUGAGAGCUUAAAUUCUUGUUUUUGUCAAUGGAGUCUGGUGGCUUUGAAGAGAUGUGUUACAUAUGUACUACCACAGCAAAAAAAAUACUUUACCCACCUAAAUAUAUAAAUAUUAGGUUAAGUUUACGCUAUAUUUAGAAUAUUUUGACCUCUUUAUCUUGCUGUCAGACGGCUCUUUCCACCAGGAAAUGAAGCUGUUUUCUGUGCUUUCUUCAAAACCACCAGACUCCAUUGACGAAAUCAGCAAUUUUACCUCACAGAACCAAAGAUUGGCUGUUUUUUUGCGUCAUUGUGUAACUUUCUGAUUUACCAAGUUGGUUCAGAUCAGACAAAUAACAACACAAACACACUAACAACAACUCCUGUGUUCUAGCAGCUAAAAUUACUGUUUUUGUCAAUGGAGUCUGGUGGCUUUGAAGAGAUGAAUUGUAUUUCUACUGCUGUUAACUCCUUAUUUUACCCACCUAAAAAUGUCAAUAUCGGGUAAAGUUUAUGCUAUAUUUAGAAUAUUUUCACCUCUUUAUCUUGCUGUCAGACUCCAUUGACGAAAUCAGCAAUUUAACCUCAAUGAACUCAAGAUUGGCUGUUUUUUUUGUGUCAUUGUGUAACUUUGUGAUUCACCAAGUUGGUUCAGAUCAGACACACAAUAACACAAACAAACUAAGAAACAACUCCUGUGUUCUAGCAGCUAAAAUCACUGUUUUUGUCAAUGGAGUCUGGUGGUUUUAAAGCUGUUUGUACUGCUGUUAACUGCUUAUUUUACCCACCUAAAAAAUGUCAAUAUCAGGUUAAGUUUAUACUAUAUUUACAAUAUUUUCACCUCUUUAUCUUGCUGUCAGACGGCUCUUUCCAACAGGAAAUGAAGCUGUUUUCUGUGCUUUCUUCAAAACCUCCAGACUCCAUUGACAAAAUCAGCAAUUUUACCUCACAGAACCAGAGAUUGGCUGUUUUUUUGCAUCGUUGUGACUUUCUGAAUCAAACUUGUGUCGUCUGCAGCAGGAUAUUCUGUUGUGUGAUUUCUAAACUUGACAAAAUGACAAAUUCUGCAACUAGCUAUAAUUUUCUUUACCAAUAAAUCUGCCAAUUAUUUCCUUCAGUUAUCGAAGCAGCACAGAAGUGAAACAAUGUGCUGUUUAUUGAAGCCUCAUUGGUUCAGAUCAGACACUGAAAGUCACACAAUUACACAAACAAACCAACAAAAACUCUGUUCUAGCGGCUAAAAUUCCUGUUUUAGUCAAUGGAGUCUGGUGGCUUUGAAGAGAUGAAUUGUAUUUCUACUGCUGUUAACCCUGUUAACACUCAUUGAAAUACUUGCAAAUUCCAAAUUACAACCCUAGAGAAUAAUGGACGUAAAAUGUGUAAAAAAAAAACAUACGAAAAUAAUAUUUUGAGAAAAAAGUUUACGAGAUUAAAGUGGCAAAUGUGUAGAUUUAU